AAGUCAGAAAUCAAAUAUAUCUCAAAAAUAUCGUCCGUUUAUUAGUCACAGACUCACAGUUUCUCCUUGUUUCGACCACCUGUCCGAUCUGUUCGUAGACAAUCUCCAGAGAGUAAGAGAGAUCAUCUGCUUCUCUCUCCUCCUCAGUGUGGGUUGGGAUCGGAAGAGAGAGGCGAUAUCGGGGCUUUUUUUUUCGUCAGCUCGGUGGCAACAUAUCUGAUUUUUUGUUGAAUUAUUUUGAAGGCAGCAUCUUUAAAGAUGAAGAACUGUGAACGUAUUGCGAAUUUCGCCCUAGCAGGUUUGACAUUGGCUCCACUAAUUAUGAAAGUAGACCCAAAUUUAAAUGUCAUUUUGACAGCUUGCCUGACUGUAUAUGUUGGCUGUUACCGAUCUGUAAAGCCAACUCCACCUUCAGAAACCAUGUCUAAUGAACACGCCAUGCGAUUCCCCUUUGUUGGAAGUGCAAUGCUGUUAUCACUGUUCUUACUCUUCAAGUUUCUGUCAAAAGACUUGGUUAAUGCUGUGCUGACGUGUUAUUUCUUCGUGCUUGGAAUCGUUGCUCUUUCGGCAACAUUAUUACCAUCUAUAAAACGUUUUCUGCCAAAACAUUGGAAUGAUGACGCUAUCGUGUGGCGCUUUCCCUAUAUUCGUGCUUUGGAGAUUGAGUUCACAAGAUCUCAGAUAAUUGCUGCAAUCCCUGGAACAUUCUUCUGUGCAUGGUAUGCUUCCCAGAAGCACUGGUUGGCAAACAAUACAUUAGGCCUAGCUUUCUGUAUUCAGGGAAUUGAAAUGCUUUCUCUUGGAUCCUUUAAGACUGGUGCCAUUCUAUUGGCUGGACUUUUUGUAUAUGAUAUAUUCUGGGUUUUCUUCACUCCAGUGAUGGUUAGUGUUGCAAAAUCAUUUGAUGCCCCCAUAAAGCUUCUUUUCCCCACAGCGGAUUCUGCUCGACCAUAUUCCAUGCUUGGACUCGGUGACAUUGUAAUCCCUGGUAUUUUUGUCGCACUUGCUCUGCGCUUUGAUGUAUCUAGAGGAAAAGAGAGCCAGUAUUUUAAGAGUGCUUUUCUGGGGUACACAGCCGGGUUGGUCCUUACAAUUGUCGUCAUGAACUGGUUUCAAGCUGCACAGCCUGCACUCUUGUAUAUUGUCCCUUGUGUCGUUGGAUUCUUGGCUGCUCAUUGCAUAUGGAAUGGCGAAGUAAAACAGUUGUUGGAGUUUGACGAAUCAAAAGCAGCUGCAUCGUCGUCUGAAGAAGUUAGCGAUGCCAAAUCUAGUAAGGUGGAAUGAGAUGGGAAACCCCCCAGAUAUAAAAACCCAUAAUUUAGCUAACUUACUGCAAUUUGACUUCUCAAAACCCUUCAAAAGCAGAUCAAUCUUUUUGCUAACUUACUGCAAUUUGCACCCUGCUGUAAAAGGUUUUGGAAUUUCGCAAGGAAUAACCUUCUAGCCACCCUCAUCACAAUAUAUUGUUGCCCUGCUUUUUCAUUUUUCAUUUAAAUUUUAAAUUUUUUUUCCUGAUUGCAUGCAUAUGACUCAAUGGUAAAUUUUUUUUCCUGAUUGGCUGCUUGUAUUAUUGAACUAAGUUUGUGUGACUUGUUGAUUGUCA